GCAGAAAUUUUUCAAUACUAGUGAAAUUUUGUGAAAAAAACACAAGCAAAAUAUUGUAAAACAAACAAAAAACUAUUACAAAAAACAGUAAAAAUCACUACAAAAGCACUAAGUAAAGAAGACAACUAAACAAAGAAAUUGCAGCAAAAUUAAAACUACUCAAAUGAAAUAACUCUACUACGUAUUUUAACCAAAUUAAAUUAUUGUUAUUAAUUGCUGUUUUAAUUACGCUUGAACCCAAGUACGUUCAUAUGUACGAGCCAGUAAAGUGGUCAUACCAAUAAAAUUGUUGACAAAAGCCUAAGGUAAAGACGUCCAUAACAAGGAAGUGAACUAAAAGUGGCAGACUACAAUUGUUGAAAUACAAUUUUUGAGAAAUACAAGUUUAUAAGUCUGUUUGCAUCACAAAAAAGCUGUUCAAUUUCCAGUUUAGUCACUUUUGCUUAGUGGAGUCAUGGAAGUUAAAAAAAUGCCCAGUUCUUCAUCGGGCCGUAAACAGCCCACAGCUGUUUCACGUAUGAAACAGGAUUAUAUGCGUUUAAAACGUGACCCCUUGCCUUAUAUCACCGCAGAACCCUUACCGAAUAACAUUUUAGAAUGGCAUUAUGUUGUUAAAGGACCUGAAGAUUCUCCCUAUUAUGGUGGUUAUUAUCAUGGUACCUUGUUGUUUCCCAGAGAGUUUCCCUUCAAGCCGCCAUCGAUUUAUAUGUUGACACCGAAUGGACGCUUUAAAACAAAUACCCGUCUGUGUUUGAGUAUAUCAGACUUCCAUCCAGAUACGUGGAAUCCAACUUGGUGUGUGGGAACUAUUCUUACUGGUUUAUUAAGCUUUAUGUUGGAAAGUACAGCUACAUUAGGUUCAAUCGAAACGACAAAUUAUGAAAAACAACAACUCGCCAAAAAAUCGCUUGCAUUUAAUUUAAAAAAUCCCCAUUUUGUUGAAUUAUUUCCCGAGAUUUGCGAAGAGAUUAACAAAAGACUUCAGACAGAAAAGGAACAAAAACUGAAAGCAUUAAAUGCAGCCGCAAGUGGAACAAUUGCCAACAGUACAAAUGGCCUUAAAGCCACAGCGAAUGGCGGCAUUGUCGGAGUCGGCAGCGUAAGAGGCCGGAUAGCAGUAAACGGCGCGACAGCAAAUGUAAACGAUGCCAAUGGUGUCAUUGUUGCAGAUCCAAAUUCGGCAAAAAGCUUAUCAAAUUCGUACUUGAAUUGGCAAUCAAAUAUAAUAAUUGUAAUAUGUUUUGCUAUAUUCGUAUUAGUUGUAAAUUAUGUUUUUAAAAAUAUUAAUCAGGAAUAGAACCUAAUGGAAGAGUACCAAUAUUAGCGAAGAGGGUGGGAUGUGCAUAAAAAUAAAUAGAUUAUUUUUUUACAUCUAAA